AGCGCCCGCCGGCCGCGGAUGCGCCGCUCCGCCCCGGCUGCCUGCGAAGGAAGAAAAGUUUGGGGCGACUUAGGGCCGCGGGAGCGCCCGAGGAGGAGGAGGAGGAGGAUGCGCGGUUUCCCCGGCUGAUCGGGAAGGAAGGAUGACCGAGGGAGGAUGUGCACCAGCAGCCAGAUCAUCGGGAGCCUCCUGGUGCUCUCCGUGCUGGAGAUAGGGUUAGGGGUGUCCAGCGUGGCCGUGGGGGCGGUCAGUUUCAGCCUGGUCCUCACAGAGCAUAAACCUCAGCUGGGAGACUCUUCUCCGGUAUGGAGCGGGGUGUGUUUCCUGCUUUGCGGCGUAUGCGGAAUAUUGUGCGCCAAAAAAAAAUCUGGACUUGUUAUGAUACUUUUUUCUGCCUGUUGCAUCUGUGGACUAAUAGGAGGAAUCUUAAAUUUUCAAUUUCUUCGUGCUCUGACAAAGAAGUCAUCUGCUCUCUAUUCUUUGCAUCUUGCCUCCAUGUCUCUUGCAUGCAUUGGAAUUGGUGGCUGCACCCUUUCUUCAUGGCUCACUUGUCGGCUAGCCAGCUAUGAACAAAGGCGAAUGUUCUCAGAAAGGGAACAUUCAUUGCAUCACUCCCAUGAAAUGGCAGAAAAAGAAAUGACAGACAACCUAAGCAAUGGUGGCCCACAUCUGAUUUAUAAUGGAAGUGUAUAUUAAGAAAUUUUUAAAAGUUCCAUGGAAGGAAGUGGUUUUAGAAUUUUCUUCAGGAAAAAAAAUAGACUCCAAGAAAUUAAGACAAUGAAACAAUCUUAGCUUUUAUGGCUCAAAUGUCACAACUGCAGACCAGCACAGUUGCAAUUCCCUUUUAGAACCAUGUUCAAAAUUUGUCUCCUAAACAUUUUGCGGAUAUACAAUAUUUAUUCACUUCCUGGCUACUCUCUUUCAGUUUUUUGUCUGAAUAAUCUUUCUGAAUUGUGAUAGUAUUUGAAACAGACUUCACAAGACUCUUGUUCUCAUGAAGACUCAAAAAUCAGAAAAAUAAACUGAACUGCAUUUAGCCCACUCAAAGGAGAAGGCAGAGGAAGAAUGGCUCAGGGGAAUCUUUUUCUCCUCUCCACUUAGCAGCAUCUGGUUUAAUAUGAUGGCUUCAGAUCAUGGCAUGGUACAGCAACACAUCUGCACAGUCCCUCUCCUCACAUUUUGAAUGCAUCCUGCCUCAGUUUUCCCAGUAGAUCAUAUCAAAAGGGAGUGCAAACUCCUCUUCCAAAAAGCUCCCAUUUCACAUCCAGAAUGCAAAUGAACAGCGUGCUGAAAACAACACCGAUGUCUUUGUUUUGAAAGACAGAAUGCUCUAAGAAUGCCAUAAAUCAAAACCUCAAUAAUGCCUUGUUGUAAAGAACUUGUAAAUAUUUCCAAUUUGUGAAUGAAGUAUAUUUCGUAAUUUGUUCAUAAAAGAUGACAAAUAAAAUGAAAUCUAAACCAGA